AUACCCACAUACCUGAUUUUAUGGGGUGCUAGAGAUGGAACAUGUAACCUCUCACCCUCAUCAGGGCUCUGCUACCUGAGCGCCAGGCCACAUGCUCGCCUCUGCUCCCCAGUUCUCAGGGUCUGACCCCGCUUCCUGUGUGUGCAGUGUCAUGCCUGUCACCGGCUGUGGUGACAAUUACUGAUUGUGAGCCCGCCCACAGCCCCUCCCCGCAUGCCGGGGCGUCACAGGCGGCCUCCCACAGAGGAGUGUUCUUUUGGAUAAAGCGGGCAGUCUGGGUUGCCAGAGUGCACAGAAUGGAGGCGCAGCUGUUGACCCCAUGCUGGCUCAGGGUUCACGCCAGGGGUGUCUUGAGGGCCUGGGGGGCACCGUGACCACUCCAGGACUGAGGACACCCCUGGAACCUGUCCCGAAGGUGAGGGCUAGUGGUCACCCUUGCUGAGUGGACUCAGUGAGCCAGGCUCUGCCGUGGACCCUGUAGUGACCGUGGACAGAACCAGCCCAGAGAGCUGCUGUGCACGUUUCUUGGAAUGAAGAACUGAAGCGGCCUCCUCGUACAGGCUGACUUCCAAGAUUACGCCUUCUUCUGCUCCUUUUCCAACUCUAUGACCUUCCAAGGCUCUGCCGCUCGGCCCAGGAAUGGCAGCGAUGCAGCCGGCAACCCCACUGCAGGCCCCACACCUCGCGUCACCGGGUGGGCCGUGCCUCUCCCAGCCCCAGCAAACCCCUGCUCAAGAGAAAGCCGCCCAGCCGCACCCUCAGCCCCAGAGUGAGUCCUGUCCGCCCAAGGAGCCGGCUGCACCGUCCUCCCAGCAGGUGCCGCGCCUCCGCGCCGUGGUGGAGAGCCAGGCCUUCAAGAACAUCCUGGUGGACGAAAUGGACAUGAUGGUCUCGAGGGCGGCCACCGUCAUCCAAGCCAGCUGGAAGGGUUACCGGCUGCGGCAGAAGCUCAUCUCGCAGAUGACGGCGGCCAAGGCCAUCCAGGAGGCCUGGCGCCGCUUCAGCACACGCCGGUUGAUGCGCUCCAACAAGCUGACCGUAAAGAAAGCAAAGAGGGAAGAGGAAGGCGACAUCCCCUACCACCCUCCACAGCAGGUACGCUUUCACGCCCCCGAGGACCAGCCGCCAGUCAUGGUGAGCAAGGAAACUCAGUUCCCAUCCAACGACAGCCUGGUCCCUUCACACGCCACGGCAGCCCCGGGUCCCUGCAGCGGCAGAGUCCACAGGGGUGGCCUCCUGCCCCAGCAGCCUGUGACUGGCAGACCCACGGGUCCCAAGUAUCCACCCUGCAUGUUGACCAAGACCGUCAGGAGCUCCUGUCUCAUCAGACACUUGGAAGGGGACAGUGUGAAGAGCAGGCAUGUGACUUCCAAGACCAUCAGAUUGGGGACCCCAGAGUCGGCAGCAGCGGGGAGAUGUGUCCAGGCCAUUCAUGGAUCCAUGAAGACCCAGACCCAUGUCCACACUGAAGCAAGUGUCCCUAAGGCCCCACCACAUACGUAUCCAGUCAACAAGACCCCUACCAAGGCGGGUCCAGUGGCUUCCACCCCUAAGCCCCCAGCCACAGUGGCCACAGCACCAAAGAGUGUGCUACAGACAUGCCCCACAUCCCCAGCAAUGGUCAUGAAGAACCAGCCAGUAACCUGCCCGACUUCCCAGGUGACCAGGCCCCUGGCUCACGUACGACCCAAUCCUUCAUUCUCUAGCACCGCACCACAUAUGCGGCCUGUGGUCCCCGCGGCCAGGGUACAGCCCCCAGGGUGUGCUGUGACCUCCACAAUCAAGGCCUCACCACGCCCCAGGGUUCCCAUCAGUAAGUACCCACUACAGACUGGCCCUGGUCCCAUGAUGGCAAAGAUUUCACCCCAGAUGCGCCCAGUGGCCAGAAGUCAGCCUCAGACAUGUGCAGCAUCUACUUCGUCCAAAACCUCCACUCAGGCGGGCUCCACAGUCAGGUCCUCACCUCAGACUCGCCUGGCCGCCAUGAUAACCAAGACUCCAGCUCAGAUACGUUCUGUGGCUGCUGUGCUCAGGACCCUGUGUCUGGUCCCCACAGUGGCAGCCUCAAGUCCCAGGGGUUCACCCCAAACUCCAGUGGUUGCUGGCAUUCCCAACACCCCAUCCCAGGUCCACCUGAACAGCCAAAACGCCAAGGUCGCCGUGAGCUCCAAGCAGACCUCCGCGGUGGUCAAGGUGGCCUCUCAGUCAUACUUGGGCGAGGAGAAGGGCAGGUGUGGACCCCACGGACAUCUAGACAGUGUGGCUCCUAAACUUCCAGCCAAGUCUCCAUUGGAAGCAGAAAAGUUGAAGCCUGGGCCCCCGAGGGUGCCCAAGAAGGAAGCAGCUCCCAAGACUAAUGCGACCAUUGUCACCAGGGCUCUGUCGUGGACGAAAGUGACAGAAGACCGGAGCAAGCCCCUGAUUCAGGUCCAGCAGAAGGCGGAGGUGGUGAAGGUCUGCUCCAAGGUGUACAUGCCUGAAGAGAUGACUGUGACCCUGUCCCAGGCCCAGCUGGCUGUGCCCCUGACCAAGGCCUCCUCUCAAGUGCAGCCGCCCACUAGCCAUCCCCGAGCCCCGCCAUCGUCACCGGUCUCUAAGGCUGUGUCACAGUCUCACCCGACAUCCGGGCUGGCCACGGGCCCACUUGAGGGACGACGUCCACCGACGGGUCCCUCUGCCACCCUGUCCUCCUCGCCGCUGGCCGCACACCUGAUGGCACUCACAGCCCAGCUCCAACCUGCUAGUGAGCAGACCAGAUCUGUGUCCAGAGCUCAUCCGGCUGCGUCAUGUUCAGCCACAGCCUCCCCGAAAGCACGCGCCCCGGGGAUGACCUUUGUCCCUCCCGAAGGAUACCCAAACACAUGUCCACUCACCCCAGCUUCCCAGCACCACAUGGCCUCUCACCCGACCAAAAGCUCACCGCAGCUGCGUCUACCUGCCGAGCAUUCGAAGACCACGAACACCAAACCCACCAAGGCCACGUGCCAGGUCUGCCCACCCACUAAACUCAGCAAGGCCCCAUCCCUGGCCCAUCUCAUCACAUGCCUGGCCAAGGUUCCAUCCCAGGCCCAUCUGCCCAUGGGGCUGGCGAAGACCCAGCCUCAGGCCCAGCUGGCCUCCGACACGGCCAAGUGCCUCCUGGCUGCCCACCCUGCUGCCGACCACAGCAGCAAGACCCAGUCACAGCCACUCCUCGGCACGACCAAGACACCGGUCCAGUUCUGGCAACAUUUUGGGACACUUAACACCGGGCCCCGUGCCAAGCCGGACGACAGGAACGCGGCCCAGCCCCAGCUCCAUAGCCACGCACAAAGCAAGGCCACGCAGAACCCACGCUCAGUGGCCACAGAUAUCCAAGGCAUGCUGGUACCUCUGCUGACUCCCACUGGACACCCUGUAUGCAAUGCAGAAUCCUGGGGUGACAGUGGACAGGCACAGAGCUCACCGCCACCCCCUGUGCCCAGCCAGGCAGUGCCCUGCCACGAAGACCUGGCAGCGUCCAUUGCAUCCCUGUGCGCAGACCUGGUGGCCAUGCUGGGCUCCCCUGAGGACCUGCGGACACUCCUGGCCAAGACACUUUCUCAGGGGGAAGUAAGGACGGCACUGAGCCAGGCUCUGUCCCGGGAAGUAUUAGGGCCCUCUGUGGUCAAGGCCCUGCCUCAAGGCAUGCUGGGAAUGGCACUGAUGAAGGCGUUGUCUUGGGGUGAACUGGGCAUCACCCUGUCCCGGGCCCUGUCCCGUGGUGAGCUGCGUCCGGAACUCAGCAAAGCCACCCAGGGCAAGCUGGCUGAGGUCCUGUGCAAGGCCCUGACAGAAGACGAGAGGACCACCCUCAGCCAGGCUCUGUGCCAGGGUGAGCUGGGCGCUGUUUUCACUCAGUCCUUGGCCCAGAUGGCCCAGAGAACAGGUGCCUUCCUCCCCAAGGCCACCUCGAAAAUGGUGGGGAGCCGGAUGACCACGGCACCUGCCCCAGUGGAGGUGACUUGCAGCGGGAGCCUGUCGGUGGCGUGGGGACCGGCGCUGGGUCCCGUACGAGCACGGUGUAGCAAGGGCCCCGUGGAUGCCGGCCCGGCUGCCGGCCAGUCAUGGAAUUCCAAAGUCCCCAACGUAUCGGUCAGAGCCACAGCACAUGCUGGGGCACCCCGAGGCACCUGGCAUCCCAGCAGGGGCCACAGGCCCUGGGAGCCCUCGGGGGCGGAGGCAGCGCUGGAUCACAAGCCCUCGGCUGAGCUGCUGGUGUCAGUGCGUGCCAUGGAGAAAGUUGUCGUCCAGGCCGUCAUCACCAUCCAGGCGUGUGCACGCGGCUAUCUGGUGCGUCGCACUGUGAAGGUGUGGCAUCAGUGGGCCACCAUCAUCCAAGCGACAUGGCGUGGCUACCGUGUGCGCCGGAACCUGGCCAGGCUGCUCAGGGCCACCACCAUCAUCCAGGCUGCCUGGCGUGGCUACUGCACUCGCCGGGCCCGGGCCCACCAGGUGUUGCUCCCCACCAUGUGGCCGGGGCACAGUGGCAGAGCCCAGGGGAGCUCGGACACCAGGACCAGCUCGGAGCACCGCUGCUUCCUGUCCUGUCAGCCCGAUGUCUGCAGCCUCUGCCAGGCCCUGGGGCCCCGGGCAGAGAGUCCGCCCAGUGUCGUGAUGCUCGUGGGGUCCCAGCCACGCACCUGCCACGUGUGUGGCCACACACUGUCUACUCGCGUGGUGCAAGGCUUUGGCCAGGGCGUCUCGGUCCAGCCCGGCUCUCGUUGGGCACCGGUGCCCCGGCAGCAUCCCCUGCUCAGCCAGCAGCACAGAGCAGCCACCCUCAUCCAGGCAGCCUGGAAGGGCUACAGGACCCGCCGCCAGAUCAGCCAGCAGCAGUCGGCAGCCAAGAUGGUCCAGGCCACGUGGAGGGGACACUAUACCCGCAGCUGCCUCACCACCGAUGCGCUCUUGGGAACAGGAAGCCCAUGGGCCAACUCCAGGGACACUUCACGCCGUACCUCGAGGGCUCGCUCUUUGCACUGGCCUGGUGUCUAGGCCCCUGGCUGUGGGCAGAGACACCAUGGUGGCCAUGUGGCCCCAUGGGUCUCGUGAAUAAAGAGCACUACAGCCCGC